AUUUGUUGUAGAUUGUUUUUUUCACAUCGAUAUUGCAAAGAAGAAAAGUAAGGUUACUUUAAAAUGGCUUCUGAAAUUGAGACAUCUAAAUUUUUGCAAGAUCUACCUAAUCGUAUAUUAUGUGUACCAGUGGAGGAAAGGCAGGAAUUCUUUCAGCGAUUGUCUGCUUCGUUGUCAUCUUCCGAUGUAAAUACAAUUGUUAUACGUAGUGUUUGCAAAAUAUUAACUAUGACAUUAACCAAAUAUAAGGACAACAAUUCUCAACUACUAGUGAGAAAUCUUAUUAUUGACAUGAUAAAAAACCACCACGAUGCAACUAUUGAAAGUAUGAUGGCAGUCUUUAAGAUUUUAUCGUGCAAAGAACUGGCAAAUGCUCCUCCGCAAAAAGCGUCAAAGGCGGCUCUUAUAGCUUUGGGAUGGACGAGUUUAUUAAAUAAGUUCUGUGAUACUGAAUCAAAUGUGUAUAAAACAGAACUUCCUCGAUUAAUCGAAUAUCAAUCGUUGCUUUAUCAAAUUGUACUCAGUUCUUUAAAUGAACGUUUAAUAAACAUGGCUAAUAACAUUUUAAUAGAGAUUUUAGAGAACCACUAUUUUGAAAAAUAUAUGCUAGUUCUAUUAAAAAAGGACGCCUCAAGUAAUGUGGUUGUAUUGAUGUCAGUUCUCAUUGCUUUAAAAAAGGAAAAGCAUAGCGUCGAUGUUAUGAGUAAUUACAAGGACAAUUUAAUAGAUGUAUUUGUUAAAGGAAUAAUAACUGCAAAAACCAAACCACAUUCAAGCUGUAUUUCUGCUUGUAAAAUAUUAUUGAACUCUAUAACUAUUGUUGAUUUUGAAGAAAAAAUAUUACCACCAAUGCAAAGAUCUAUGCUAAGGAACCCAGAAAUUAUUCUACAAGCAGUUGGAUUAAUUAUUCGGCAUGUUAACAUAGACUUCAGUCAAUAUGCAUUGCAUUUGGGCAAAAUGCUUAUACAACAUUUGCGUUCUAAAGAUGAAAUUUCUAGAUUUGAAUCUGUGGAAAGUUUGAAAGAGUUAUCUAUGAAGUGUACUGAUCUUCUAGUAAUAGCAGAAUUGCUAAAAGAGAUAUUUUCCGUACUUAAUGGAGCCGAGGGUAAAAUAACUGUAGCAGAAUACCGCAUAAAUCUCAUUCAAGGAGCUGGAAAUCUAAGUUUUAAUGCAAUUUCUCCAUCUCUAUUGCCAAAUAUUAUGCCAUUAGUAUUGGAGUUAUUUUCCAAAGCGUUAAAUACAGAAGUUCAUGAAAAAGUAAUAUGCUUUACACUGGAAAUGUUUAGCUUAUGGACAAUGAAAUAUACCAAAUCGUCAGAUAAAACUAUAAUAGAAAUUUUUAAAAAAGGUGUUGAACUUAAAACAACUACACAACACGUUCGUUUAUCAUAUUUGCAAUGGCUGCUGGCGUGUUUUAAUAAAUGUAAUUUAGAAAAUGAUAGCAACUUAACUGCAAUGUUGCUGAAAAUAUUUGAAAAGGCUCUGCAAAACUCAUCGCAAAUACCAUUAGUGUCAGAAGCAGUUUGCGCCACUUGCUUGUUAUUAAAAACUGAUGGUGCAGACAAAUAUGAUGCCUUAAAUAAUUUUUGGAAUGUUAUACUCGACAUAAACAAAUCAAUAUUUUUUACGGAACGCUUUAUUAACUCGGCUCCAGCAGAAUCUUUAUGCUAUAUUGUUCUCAUGGCAGAACGAAUAUUAACUAAGCAUUUCAAAUCAAUUAAGGGAAAUUUGGAUACGUUAUUUAAGGCAUUUGUACAAGCAAUUACUUCAACUUCUGAGAAAGUUAGAAGUUGUGUUAAUAGUUUGCUGCCAGAAUUAAUUGAUUCGGAGAAUGGUGUAAUGUUUUCCAAAAACAUUGUUUCUGAACUUGGAAAGAAAUUAAAAUGUAUUGAUUUGGAAUUUGAUACGGAUGAUAACUGUUCGCUUUCUAAAUCAAUUGUAGAAACAAUACGGCUACUCUGUGAUAUUAAAAACAUUGCAAGCGAUGAUGCGCAAUCCUUGGCGUUGCAGUUGUUAUUCGUGUGUCAUCACCAAUUAAUAGUAUGUGCUGAUUCAAAGUUAUGGAAGAGAAUACUACAAAGACAGCUAAAUUUAGAAAUAUCUCAAUUUAUUUCUUUAAAAUCAGAAAAAAUUAAAGAUAUGAUAUUGGACAAUUUUGAAAUGAACAAAACCUAUGAAAAUGCUGUUGCGACAUUAUCUUAUUUAAGCCCUGAUCAAUUCUUACCACUUCUAAUUUCAAAGGUUACUUUGUAUCUAAAUGACCCAUCGUUAAUUAAUGUAACAGAUGACGAAUAUUUCACAUUUUUAACUCCUGAAGGAGAACUAUAUGAUAAAAGUGUAUUACCAAGCAGCAAUGAUGUAUAUACUACAGCCGGAUUGAAGAGAGAAAACAAAGUUUAUAGUUACAAAGAACAAAUAGAAGAACUUCAACUUCGAAGAGAGAUCGAAGAAAAAAAACGCAAAGAAGGAAAAUUAAAACCACCACAAUUAACACCAAAACAGAAAGAAGCAAUAAAAAAUCAAACUGAGAAAGAGCAUUUAAUAAAAAUGCGACUCCAAGAACUAAAUUUAAAAUUAAAAUGUGCAAUUAAAAUGGUGGAGUCCUCUUGUUUUGGAAAUGCUAAACAAUGUUCCCUACAUUUUUCGAAAUUGUUAAGUUCUAUUUUAGAAGCGAUGAAGUCACCGUUAUCCGCUGAACUAUUGUGCCAGUUAUAUUAUGAAUUGCGAAAAAUUUGGUUUGAAGAAUCUGAGUUGGGGCUUAAAUUGGCUAUAACAACAAUUCGAUUACAAUCGCCCCGAUGUGAUCUUAGUAAAGAAUGGAUAAAACAUGACUUAAAAAUUUCAGUUCUUGAUACGCUACAUAUUCUAAAAGAGGUUAUAAUUGACCAGAAUUAUACUAUGACUACUCCAGCUUUUACAUAUGUCUUUGAGUUUCUAAAACGAUCUUUGAUUUCAAAAUAUGUUUCGGCUGAUGAUGAUUUGAUAACUAUUGGAAUAAAAAUAAUGGAACAGCAUGCACAAACAAGGGGAGAAUCCGUUGAUGGAUGCUUGUCGGAUUAUAAACACCCGAAAUAUUUGCCAAGAAUGGAAAUGUUUAAAUUUUUGAUUAAUCUAAUUAGCAUUCAUUCCGGACGCGUUCAGACACAGGCCGUAGCUGCAUUACUGGAAGUGGCAAAAUGUAGUUCUGGAGAAGACUUAUGUGCUUUAUCAACACAAGACGAAAUUAAUAUAUUUUUAAAUGGUCUAGAAAACGGACAAGAAGUAAUCCGAGACGUUGCAUUGCGUGUUUUAAUAAUUUUAUCAAAAACUAUGUAUAUAGAAAGUAAAACCAAUGUAGAUUUUUCUACCCAUAUUAAUCGGCGCCUUUGGAUAGCGAAGUUUGAUAUUUCGAAUGUUAAUAGGAAUAUUGCAGAAGAUCUUUGGAAUAAAGUUCAAAUUGAUUAUCCUUUAACUGACGAUUUAUUGUCUGAUGUAACACAUUCCGAAAUUUGUAUACAGAAAGCAGCAUCGGCUUCAUUGGUUCCAUUGCUAAUGCUUGAUCGUUCAAGUGCUAAACGUAUUUUAAAAAAACUUCUCACUAUUUAUAAUGAAAAACUAUCCAUGAUUCCACCAAAACUAGAUGAAUUUGACCGCGAGGUAGAACCUGCAAUUGAUCAGUGGAAACCUCGUAGAGGAAUAGCUAUAGCAAUAUCGAAAAUUUCCCAGUUCUUCUCAGUGGAUGAUGUAAAUCAUGUUAUGCAAUUUAUGGUAUCAGUUGGUUUGGGAGAUCGCGAAGAAGUUGUACAUAAGGAAAUGCUAGCUUCUGCUCUUACGAUUGUAGAUUUACAUGGCAAGGAUACUAUAAUUACAUUGCUGCCUGUUUUUGAAGAUUUCUUGGAUAAAGCUCCAAAAUCUCAAAGUUAUGAUAACAUAAGACAGGCUGUUGUAAUUAUAAUGGGUUCUUUAGCACGUCACUUGGAAAAAGAUGAUAAACGAAUAGAGCCAAUAGUACGAAGAUUACUAGCAGCUCUUUCAACACCGUCACAACAGGUUCAGGAAGCAGUAGCAAACUGUCUGCCACAUUUGAUGCCUUCAGUAAAGGAAGAAGCUCCUGCCAUGAUAAAACGUCUACUACAAUUACUAGUAAAGUCUGAGAAGUACGGCGAGCGUAGGGGUGCAGCAUACGGAAUAGCUGGAAUUGUAAAAGGACUUGGAAUAUUGUCGUUAAAACAGUUUGAUAUUAUGUCAAAACUCACAACAUACAUCCAAGAAAAGAAAAAUUAUAAAUCUAGAGAGGGAGCUUUGUUUGCAUUCGAAAUUCUUUGCACAACACUUGGACGUCUUUUUGAACCCUAUAUAGUUCACGUACUUCCCCAUUUAUUACAAUGUUUUGGUGAUUCUUCGCAGUAUGUACGCCAGGCUGCAGACGAUACCGCAAAAGUAGUAAUGGGAAAGUUAUCUGCUCAUGGAGUUAAGUUAGUAUUACCGUCAUUGCUUGAAGCUCUAGACGAAGAUUCUUGGCGUACUAAAACUGCAUCGGUUGAACUGUUAGGUGCAAUGGCUUAUUGUGCUCCAAAACAACUUUCUUCUUGCUUACCCUCAAUUGUUCCCAAGUUAAUAGAAGUUUUAGGGGACUCGCAUACUAAAGUACAGGAGGCAGGAGCCGAUGCACUUAAAGUAAUAGGAUCUGUUAUAAAAAAUCCCGAAAUACAGGCAAUUGUCCCUGUUUUGUUAAAAGCUUUAGAAGAUCCUUCCAAAAAUACUUCCACAUGUCUACAAAGUCUGUUACAAACAAAAUUUGUUCACUUUAUAGACGCACCUUCUCUUGCAUUAAUAAUGCCUGUUGUGCAAAGAGCAUUUAUGGAUCGAUCUACAGAAACACGAAAAAUGGCUGCACAAAUUAUUGGAAAUAUGUAUUCUUUGACCGAUCAAAAAGACCUAACACCUUAUCUUCCUAAUAUUAUUCCAGGACUUAAAAUGUCACUAUUAGAUCCCGUCCCUGAGGUUAGAGCAGUAUCUGCACGUGCCUUAGGUGCCAUGGUAAGAGGAAUGGGAGAGUCUUCUUUUGAAGACUUACUUCCAUGGCUAAUGCAAACUCUUACUUCAGAAUCCAGUAGCGUAGAUAGAAGUGGCGCAGCUCAAGGUUUAUCAGAAGUAGUCGGUGGUCUUGGAGUGGAAAAAUUGCAUAAACUAAUGCCUGAAAUCAUUGCGACUGCAGAAAGAAGCGACAUUGCUCCUCAUGUAAAAGACGGAUACAUAAUGAUGUUUAUUUAUAUGCCUGGAGCAUUUCCACAAGAUUUUACACCUUAUAUUGGUCAAAUAAUCAACCCAAUUCUAAAAGCACUUGCAGAUGAAAACGAAUAUGUCCGCGAUACUGCUUUAAAGGCAGGGCAACGUAUUGUAAAUCUAUACGCUGAAACAGCAGUUACUCUUUUAUUACCAGAAUUAGAAAAGGGAUUAUUCGAUGACAAUUGGCGUAUCCGCUUUAGUUCAGUUCAAUUAUUAGGUGAUUUGUUAUAUCGCAUAUCUGGAGUUUCGGGAAAAAUGACAACUGAAACUGCGAGUGAAGACGACAACUUUGGAACUGAGCAAUCUCAUACAGCUAUUAUAAGAUUCUUGGGUAAUGAGAGGCGCAACCGCGUUCUUUCAGGUUUAUAUAUGGGCCGCAGCGAUGUAUCACUGAUGGUUCGUCAAGCAGCUCUCCAUGUAUGGAAAGUAGUAGUAACCAACACACCCCGAACACUAAGGGAAAUUUUACCUACCCUUUUUGGAUUAUUAUUAGGAUGUCUAGCAAGCACUAGUUACGACAAACGCCAAGUUGCAGCUAGAACCCUUGGUGAUUUAGUUCGAAAGCUCGGCGAAAGAGUUUUACCUGAAAUAAUACCAAUAUUGGAACGAGGACUCAAUUCCGAACAAGCAGAUCAACGCCAAGGUGUUUGUAUUGGACUUUCCGAGAUAAUGGCAUCCACUUCUAAAGAAAUGGUACUUUCGUUUGUUAACAGUUUAGUUCCUACGGUAAGAAAAGCUUUGUCCGACCCUCUCCCUGAAGUUCGAGAAGCAGCCGCAAAAACAUUUGAGUCACUUCAUUCUACGGUAGGAUCAAGAGCUCUAGAUGACAUAUUACCAUCAAUGCUAGAAGGAUUGUCUGAUCCCGAUCCAGAAGUUGCAGAAAAUACAUUAGAUGGUUUACGCCAAGUGGUGACAAUUAAAUCAAGAGUGGUGUUGCCAUAUUUAGUACCACAGUUAACUGCACCCCCUGUAAACACCAAAGCACUGUCAAUUCUUGUAUCAGUUGCUGGAGAAGCUCUUACAAAAUAUUUGCCAAAAAUUCUUUUUGCAUUAUUACAAGCCCUUUCGGAUGCACAAGGAACAAAUAACGAAUCGCAGGAACUAGAAUAUUGCCAAGUCGUAAUUUUGUCGGUAUCUGACGAAGUCGGAAUUCGAACCAUCAUGGAUACUUUAAUGGCUUCUGCAAAGGCCGAAAAUGUUUCCACGCGUAAAUCAUCGGCGAGUUUACUAUCAGCGUUUUGUAUGCAUACACCCGGUGAUUAUACGCAAUACGUGCCGCAGUUGUUGAGAUCACUCCUACGACUUAUGGCAGAAAAUGAUCGGGACAUAUUGCAAAGGUCAUGGGAUGCUCUUAAUGCUGUCAUUAAAGGGUUAGAUUCAUCUCAACAAAUAGCACAUGUUUCCGAUGUUCGCCAAGCUGUACGCUUCGCAGCUAGUGAUUCUAAAGAAUUAGAACUUCCAGGAUUUUGUUUACCUAAAGGAAUUGCACCACUAUUACCAGUAUUUCGAGAAGCUAUUUUAAAUGGCCUUCCAGAAGAAAAAGAAAAUGCAGCGCAAGGUCUAGGCGAAAUAAUUUCUAUUACUAGCGCACAAUCUUUACAACCAUCUGUUGUUCAUAUAACAGGUCCACUAAUUAGAAUUUUAGGUGACCGAUUUAAUGCUGGAGUAAAAGCAGCAGUUUUAGAAACAUUGGCAAUACUUCUUCACAAAGUGGGAGUAAUGUUAAAACAAUUUUUACCGCAACUUCAAACUACAUUUUUGAAAGCUUUACAUGACCAAAAUAGAUUGGUUCGUAUGAAAGCCGGUCAUGCUUUAUCUGAGUUAGUAAUAAUACAUACCCGUGCAGAUCCGCUUUUUAAUGAGAUUCACAACAGUAUUAAAUCUGGAGAUGACUCGGGUAUUCGAGAGACUAUGUUACAAGCUCUUCGCAGUGUAAUAUCUCCAGCUGGAGAUAAAAUGUCAGAACCGAUAAAAAAACAGAUUUGUGGUACAUUAAUAAGUUUGAUUGGUCACCAAGAAGACGUUACACGAAGUGCUGCUGGUGGUUGUCUCGGAGCUUUGCUUAAAUAUUUAACGCCUGAACAAGUAGAUGAUAUUCUUCAUAACCAUAUAUUGAUAGAAGAUAAUGAUGAUUCCCCUAUUAAACAUGGUCGUACAAUUGUUAUAUUUGUGGCUCUAAAAGAAAGCGCUGAUGUAAUAUUAAAGUACGAUCGCGAAGAAAUUAUUCUAAAAUCUCUUAUAUCAUACAUAUCAUCUGAUAAAAUUCAGAUAGCCAGUAAUGGAAUACGCGGCGCAACAUAUUUAAUUGAAUAUUGGAUGGCAACAAAGAAGACAGCAUCGCCUCAAAUUGUUAAUGCAUUUACACGAGCCAUGAAUCACAACAGUAAUGAAAUCAAACAGCUAGUUGCAAAAAGUUGUAAUCACAUUGCGAAAGUUCUCAAUGCAGACCAAAUUGCUCCUGACUUAAUAAAAUACUUAAUACCAAUGCUUGUAAAUGGAACAAAGGAAAAAAAUGGUUACGUUAAAUCUAAUUCUGAAAUUGCUUUAAUAUCUAUAUUGCGUUUAAGAGACGAUGAACAAAAUUUCAACAAUGUAUGCCAAAUAUUGGAUGCAGGUGCCAGAGAUUCUUUAUGCGAAGUAGUGAGUAAAGUAUUACGAAAAGUAGCAAUUCAACCUGCUGGGAAAGACGAAGAAUUAGAUGACACACUUUUAAUUUAUUAAUUUCGUUUAAAUAUAAAAAACUUAUUUAAAUUUCUUUAAUAAACAUGUUUAUUGAAAUAAAUCCACUUUCAAACAAA